AUGACAGUUGCUACUGGAGACCCAACAGAUGAAGCAGCAGCUUUGCCUGGUCACCCUCAGGACACCUAUAACCCAGAGACUGACCAUGAAUGUUGUGAAAGGGUGGUAAUUAACAUCUCAGGACUGCGGUUUGAAACCCAGCUGAAGACACUGGCUCAGUUUCCAGAGACCUUGUUAGGAGACCCUAAAAAGAGAAUGCGGUAUUUCGAUCCUCUCCGGAAUGAGUAUUUCUUUGACCGAAACCGACCCAGCUUUGAUGCCAUUUUGUACUACUACCAAUCUGGUGGCAGGCUGCGGCGGCCUGUUAAUGUGCCCUUAGACAUUUUCUCAGAAGAGAUAAGGUUUUAUGAACUUGGAGAAGAAGCUAUGGAGAUGUUCCGGGAGGAUGAAGGUUACAUCAAAGAAGAAGAACGGCCUUUACCAGAAAAUGAGUUUCAGAGACAAGUAUGGCUGCUGUUUGAGUACCCAGAAAGCUCUGGACCAGCCAGGAUUAUAGCAAUUGUCUCUGUCAUGGUCAUUUUGAUUUCAAUUGUAAGCUUCUGCCUGGAAACUUUGCCUGUGUUCCGGGAUGAGAAUGAAGACAUGCCUGGUGGCAGUAGCAAUCCAAGUCCUUAUUCGAAUAACACUUUUGGAUCUCAGCAGCAAACAUCUUUUACAGACCCUUUCUUUAUAGUAGAGACUCUCUGCAUAAUUUGGUUCUCUUUUGAAUUUUUGGUGAGAUUCUUUGCCUGCCCCAGCAAAGCUGGGUUUUUUACCAACAUCAUGAACAUCAUUGACAUUGUAGCUAUCAUCCCUUACUUCAUCACACUUGGAACAGAACUGGCUGAGAAACCAGAAGAUGGCCAACAAGGUCAACAGGCAAUGUCUCUAGCCAUCCUUCGAGUGAUCCGUCUGGUGAGGGUGUUCAGGAUUUUCAAACUCUCCAGACAUUCCAAAGGAUUGCAGAUCCUGGGACAAACCCUUAAAGCCAGCAUGAGGGAACUGGGCCUCUUGAUAUUUUUCCUCUUCAUUGGUGUCAUCCUGUUCUCCAGUGCUGUCUACUUUGCAGAGGCUGAUGAGAGCGAAUCUCAGUUUCCCAGCAUUCCUGAUGCUUUUUGGUGGGCAGUGGUUUCCAUGACAACAGUUGGCUAUGGAGACAUGGUUCCCACCACCAUAGGUGGAAAAAUAGUUGGUUCCUUGUGUGCCAUUGCAGGUGUAUUAACAAUUGCCUUACCAGUGCCGGUUAUAGUGUCCAAUUUCAACUACUUCUAUCACCGUGAGACAGAGGGAGAGGAGCAAGCUCAAUACUUGCAAGUCACCAGCUGCCCAAAGAUCCCUUCUUCCCCUGACCUAAAGAAAAGCAGAAGUGCCUCCACUAUUAGUAAGUCUGAUUAUAUGGAGAUACAAGAAGGUGUGAAUAAUAGUAAUGAGGACUUUAGAGAGGAGAACUUGAAAACUGCAAAUUGCACCCUAGCGAACACAAACUAUGUUAAUAUAACCAAAAUGCUAACUGACGUCUAG